UUGUGAAGAGCGAUUCAGACAACCACACAAGUCCAUAACCUGCUGUAGAAGACUGCCAGAACCUCGGAUCAAAACGGGAGACAACAUGGCGUCGGACUCUCCACGCAGACCGAGUCGCUGUGCUGGAGGGGUUCUGGUGCGAGCACAAGCUGCUACGGAGCAGUCUUACAUGGAAAGUGUGGUGACUUUCCUGCAAGAUGUGGUUCCUCAGGCGUAUACUGGGGCUCCGCCGACUGAUGAAAAAGAAAAAAUAAUUUGGGUUCGAUUUGAGAAAGCUGACAUCAACGACACUGCCAGGAAUCCAGAGUUUAUGGAGAUGCACAGCGGCACCAGUGAUCCUCCCCUCUGCCUCAUGAUUGGCUACACUGACGGGAUGCAGAUCUGGAGUUUAUCAUUGGCAGGGGAGGCCCAAGAACUGUUCUCUGUGCGCCAUGGUCCAGUGAGAGCUGCUCACAUUCUACCCUCCCCUCAUAUCAGUCCUGUGAAGAUCGACAGUUUUGCUGACAAGAGGCCCCUGCUGGGGGUUUGCAAGAGCACAGGGUCCUCUGGGACGAGUCCCCCUUACUGCUGUGCUGACCUGUACUCUCUACGGACAGGGGAAAUGGUUAAAUCAAUUCAAUUCAAGACACCCAUCUAUGAUCUACACUGCAACAAACAUAUUCUUGUUGUCAGCCUACAAGAGAAGAUUGCAGCAUUUGACAGCUGCACUUUCACCAAGAAGUUCUUUGUUACAAGCUGCUAUCCCUGUCCUGGCCCCAGCCUCAAUCCAAUUGCUUUAGGAAGCCGCUGGCUGGCCUAUGCUGAGAACAAGUUGAUCAGAUGUCACCAGUCUCGCGGAGGAGCUUGUGGUGACAAUGCACAGUCCUAUACAGCUACAGUGAUCAACGCUGCCAAAACUUUAAAGACAGGCCUGACCAUGGUGGGGAAGGUUGUAACCCAGUUGGCAGGCACCCUACCAGCAGGCACUCCAGACGAGGAGGGCACACCUCACAGCGCGUGCCGCCGCAGCCCCCACAACCCCGGCGUGGUCACCAUCAUUGACACACACAGUGUUGGAGAAGGACAGGUCUUGGUGAGUGAGGACUCGGACGGAGAGGGAGUUGUGGCUCACUUCCCAGCUCAUGACAAACCCAUAUCCUGCAUGCAAUUCAACCCCAGUGGAAUGCUGCUAGUGACCGCCGACACCCUGGGCCACGAUUUUCACGUCUUCCAGAUCCUCACCCACCCGUGGGCGUCCUCGCAGAGUGCCGUUCACCAUCUCUACACACUGCACCGCGGGGAGACCGAGGCCAAGGUCCAGGACAUGUGUUUCAGCCAGGACAGUCGCUGGGUAGCCAUCAGCACCCUCCGUGGCACCACCCACGUCUUUCCCAUCAACUCGUACGGCGGUGCGCCCUGCGCUCGCACGCACAUGUCCCCUCGCGUCGUCAACCGCAUGUCUCGCUUCCAAAAGAGCGCCGGGCUGGAGGAGAUCGAGCAGGAGCUGAACAGGGCGGCCGCCUUAGGAGGAGGAGCUGGAGGAGGAGGCAUAGGAGGAGGCGGCUGCAUCCUGGGCGGAGGAGGAGGCAUCGGGGGCCGCUGUAGCCCCAUACCUGGUCUGUCCAGCAGUCCGUCGGGGUCGCCGCUGCACGUCAAGCUGAGCAGCCAGGAUUCAUACAACAACUUCACCAAUAACAACAUGGGGAACCCACGGCUGUCCCCUCUGCCCAGCCUCACUGUGGUGCUCCCUCUGGCUCAGAUCAAACAGCCCAUGACCCUGGGCACCAUCACCAAGCGCAGCGGCAAAGCUAAGCCGCCCCCUCAGAUCUCACCAAGCAAGUCCAGUGGGGGAGAGUUCUGUGUGGCCGCCAUCUUUGCCUCAUCUCGGUCUUGGUUCAUCACCAACCCCAACAUAAAAAGAGAUAAAGAUCAGUCUAGGCAGUCGGUGGUCGACUCACUGUACAUCCUCAGUUGCUACGGUAACUUGGUGGAGCAUGUUUUAGAGCCUCGGCCAAUAAGUACCGCUCAAAAGAUAAGCGAUGAUACACCUUUGGAGCUCAGCACCUGCCCAAGAGCCUGCUGGACUCUAGCCAGAACUCCACAGUGGAAUGAGCUGCAGCCGCCCUUCAACUCCAACCAUCCCCUGGUGUUGGCCUCUGACCUGGUGCAGUACUACCAAUAUCUACUGGCUGCAAUGCCCCCGGGGAGUCCAGGGCCAAUCACACGUCACGAGUCAUCAGACAGCCUGGCGUCUGACCAAAGCGGACAGGACGACGAGGAGUGGCUCUCUCAGGUGGAGAUCGUGACCCAUACAGGGCCCCACCGGCGCCUGUGGAUGGGCCCCCAGUUUCAGUUUAAGACCAUCCACCCUUCAGGUCAGACCACGGUCAUCUCAUCCUCCUCCUCGGUGCUUCAGUCCCAAGGCCCCACUGAUGUCCAGCAGCCUCUCUUGGACUUCGACACGGACGACCUGGACCUCCACAGUCUCAGGAUCCAGCCGGUGCGCUCAGAGCCAGUCAGCAUGCCCGGCUCAUCACGGCUGGUGGCUGAUCGUCGAGGACAGUCCAACAUCAUGGAUCCGGGAUCUGGACCUUUCGAUGGGCGCGGUGUGACCCUGCUGGAGGUAUGUGGCAGCUGGCCCGAGAGCUUCGGCGUGCCGCGACACAUCGUGGGCUCAGCGGACGCCAGCGACGAAGGCCUCCGCGAGAGACUGGCCGACGCCAUGUCCGAGUCCCCCUCCAGAGAUAUAGUGGGAUCUGCUACAGAGCUGCAGAGGGAGGGCAGCAUCGAGACCCUCAGCAACAGCUCGGGUUCCACCAGCGGCAGCAUCCCGCGCAACUUCGAGGGCUACCGCUCUCCUCUGCCCACCAACGAGAGCCAGCCGCUCAGCCUCUUCCCCACCAACUUCCCCUAGGAGUCCCACCUCUCCUUCAGGAAGAACCAUCACCACCACCGUCCAGCCCACCCACAUAUCUGCCCCCCCCCCCUAAAAUACCCACUCGCCCACCUCAUCUGUUCACACACACAGCAUCACACUGACACACUGAUGUGUUGAACUGAAACCAAAUCGUGUAGGGUUUGCAUGUGUGUGUGUGUGUGUGUGUGUGUGUGUGUGUGUGUGUGUGUGUGUGUGUGUGUGUGUGUGUGCGUGUGUGUGUGUGUGUGUGCGUGUGUGUGUGUGAUAUUUCUGUUCUCAUACAGCUGCUCACAAAUCAGUGUGAUGCCAGAUACACACAGUAUUAGUAUUUUGAUUUGAAGGCUGAUAUUUUUAUCGAAGCUGCCGACGGAUUUCCAAUAUUUUCAAAUUUAAAUUUAAUGUCAAAAUCAUUCAAAAAAAAAAAAAAAAAAAGAAGAAUUAUUUAGCGUUUAACCCUCAAAUUGCCUUCAUGUCAGGUUGAAAACACCUGGAUCAAUUCACUGUAAACCCAAACUAAUGUGGCUUACAGUUAACAGCCCUUCUAAAUCUAAAAGAGUGUUUUGACACAGCUGUGGUCGGAGAGGAUCUUCGUUUAUUUGCAAUAGAUGAUAUUUAGUCAGAGAUAGGUAUCAGCCCCACAUCUGAGUCGAACCCCGCUUUGUUACAUGUUGUUAAAUCACCUCUCAGAAGCCAGUUGACAGAUGUUUUUUGGAAACCAGCCAUCCUCUCCUGUCUGCAGUCUUUACGUGUGAGUUUGAAGUUUUACAGUGUGCCUAUUGUCUGAAUGAGCCAUAAGAAAAGGGAGCGCAGACAAGAGGAAAAAAUGUUUAUUCCAGUCAGAGUAGCAGCUCCUUUUCCCUCCGUGUGUGCGCGCACGUGCGCGUGUGUGUGUGUGUGUGUGCGUUGCCGCUCUCAUGGCCUCUCUCUCUAAAUGUUUUUGAUUUAAUUUGGUCCUUUCAUGCCUUUGAUUUUCGCAUAAUUACAUUUGACAAAAGAUGCAGUAAUGAGAUGACACUAUUACUACGUUCCUGAAGUAAUUUAGAUGUUUACAGUGUAAUUGAGAUAUGUUUCUGAAAUCAUUUAGAUAUAUUCCCCACUCGGUCUUUCCAGAUAGUAAAUUUUAAUUGAGCGGAGUAAUACAGGCUUGUGUGGCCGUCAUGCUGUAUUUUGUACAUUAGCAACUUUUGACCAAAAUCUUUUUUUUCCCCCCCUUGUUUAGUUAUAGAGCUCUAAGCUUAAAAAGAUAUAUAUUUUCCUUAAAUGUUCUAACUUCUCCCAGCGUUAAGACUUUGAUCAUCAGAAAUUCCUCUAAUAACCCCCAAUAUAGGUUAGUUGAAUGUUUGGCUUGGUGGAAAAUAAUAUGCACUAUUUACAAAGAGUCACCUUAGAGAGGAUGAUAUAUGAAAAUGAUUUUUAAUAAAAGAAGUAGUGUACAAUCCCACACAUGGGACCGGCUGCAUGUCACGACGGGCCUGAUGCUGCUCGGACACAGAGCGAGGGCAUGAAUCUGCUCGUCUUAAUUCGGAGCAAAUGCUUGUUGUUGACAGUAGGAUUUUAUUUGUUACCAAAAAAAAAAAAAAUACUGACUUCUUUUCCCAGCAUUCAUGCAAAAGAAACAUAAUAAAAAAAAAAACUGG